UCCUGUGCCUGUAGCUGACAACAGCCAUGUCAGCCCAAGGGGAUAGAUGGGUUUCUUCCUUUGUUUUCCUGCUCUUCUGUGCUUCCUCCAUCCCAAGGCCGGGAAUCGCGGGGCUGCGGCAGGAGCCGAGCCCCCAGCGCUACUUCAGUGGCUUGGAAGCUGGACGAGCAUCCCUGGCCUUUUUCACCCCUCAUGUCUCUCCUGGUGCCCAGCCCUUCCUGGAGCAGAUUGAGAGCUCGGCCGAGGCCCUCCAGGACUAUGGCAUUUCUGUGGUGAAGGUUAAUUGUCCCAAAGAGGAUGUCUCAAGAUAUUGUGGAAAAGAAAAUGCCUUGAGGAAAGCCUACCUGUUCAGAGGAAACAUCCUGAUCCGAGAGUUCCCCACCGAUGCCCUGUUUGAUGUGAACUCCAUCGUCGCCAACGUUUUGUUUGCCCUGCUCUUUAAUGAAGUCAAAUAUGUUGAAACGCUGGCAGACCUUCAGAACAUUGAGAAUGUGUUGAAAGGGAAGUCAAACAUGGUCUUUGCCUACGUACCAGCUACUGGGACAGCAGAGCACAGAGCUGUGAUGGAGGCGGCUUUUGUCUAUGGGACCAUCCACCAGUUUGUUCUGACCACGGAGGCAGCACUGCUGAAAGCCACUGGCAGUGAUGACCCCGACGUAUCCUCUGCCUGGCUGCUGUUCUGCCACUGCCAGAGGGCCACGGACCCGGCACAGCCCUGCAGGAGAACAGCCCUGGCACAACCCCUGACCCUGCUCAACAUCCACAGGCACCUCAAGCUCAUGGGGGCUCCCUUGGUGACAGAGGUUGCUGAGGACCCAGAGAAGGUCUCCACUGUCCACUUACAGCUCGGGCUACCCCUGGUGUUCAUCCUGAGCCAGAGGGAGACCUACGAGGCCGACAGGAGGACAGCAGAGUUUGUGGCCUGGCAGCUCUUGGGCAAAGCAGGAGUUGCCCUUUUGUCCAGGGACCUCGUGGAUUUGAACGUUCUGCACCGGUCCAACGUCGCGCUGAAGACACCAGAUGAGGGAAUGCCAAUCCAAUACCUGGUCUUGGAAGACACUGAUGAAGUUAUAACCCUGGUGGAAGAUAAGAACAAGGUCAAACAAAUCCAGGAGGAUGAAGAGAAGGAAGAGGAGGAGGAAGAGGAAGAUGAGGAUGAAAAAGAGAGUAACAAUCAAGACAUCCAGGAUGACCAGGUGGUGGAAGCAGUUUCCAGGGACAAGAAGCGAGAGCUGCCCCUGGAGCAGGUCCUUGUCCUGACAGAGGAAAACUUCCACUCUUCCCUCUCAGAGGCUGCCCAGACAGUGGUGCUGUUUUAUGCCAGUUGGGAAGCUGUGUCCCUGGCAGUGCUGCGCUCUUACUCCGAGGUGGCCGAUCACCUGAAAGGAACUCCUGGGGUUUUGCUCUCCCGGGUGAACUGCUGGGACUGGCCUGGAAUUUGCACCCAGGAGAAUGUCACCCAGUUUCCCACCAUUAAGAUUUAUGGGAAAGGAGAGAAGUCAGUGACAUAUGAUGGCAUGUGGGGAACUGAAGAGCUCACCAGCUUCAUCAUCCUGAGCCGAGUUUCCUGCCCACUGAAACUGGCCACGAUGGACGAAGCAGAAGGAUAUUUAAGAGGAGAGUUUCCACCUGAGCUGUCAUCCCAUCACCACACUUCCCUUCUGGGAGUGUUUAGCACAGCCACAAGUGAAGCCAGGGAAGCUUUUGAAGAGGCAGGAAACAUCCUAAGUGGCCACGUAAUGAUGGGGACGUAUUUUGAAGAUGAUGGCUUGGCUUUGAAGAAGACUCCAGUGGGAUACGGGAUCCUGAGGACGUACUUUGCCGCCGUGCCUUCGCUGCCCGUUCUCGUCUGGGUGAACCUCCACGCCGGGGGUCAGGUUUUCCAGUUCCCACCAGAGCAGUCCAUCACUGAAGUGAACAUCUUGUCUUGGCUGGAGAAGCUCCAAGCAGGACUGGAGACUCCCAGCUGUAAGUGGACACAGGUUUAUAACGUUCCUAAGCACACACUGUGA